UGUGAUCGAUGCACCUUUCAAGAUGGCCGAAAGCAGCCCUUCCAAACCGAACCCCGAGAACGUGAACGACGGGCGCAUACACGACCCAAAUGAAGAAGCAACUGCCAUGAGCAACGAAUCGACGUCGGGGGGUUCGCAGCAGUCGUCUCGGGAGGCCUACAUCACGGCACUGAACCAGUGGCUGUGGCAGUGCUACCACUGGCAGUGCUUCUCGGCCGCACUCCCUUACGUCGCGCUUCAAGCGUCGACUCAAAACAGAACUGCGUACGAAUCGGUUGACAUCAAUCGCAACCUGCCGAGAACAUUUAUCGCGAACCAAAACCUCGUUGGCGGACAUAGAGUGCAACGACCAAAUGCUGCUCCUAGGCUGGGGCACGAGUUCAAACUGCCGCCCUUGUGGAAGCGCUUCGCUGCGGAAGUUCUCGAUUCCUUCAUUCUGCUGUUUGUUAAGCUACUGGUGACAUAUAUUGCUGUCGACUUUUUUGACAUAAUAGAUCUUGAAAAAUAUGAUUUCGACACGUUGCGCAUUGAUGCCCUCAACUACAGGCUGGCAUUUGAAAUGACUUCAGAGAUUGUAGUACUCGAGCUUAUCCACAGAGUCCUCGUCUGCCUCUAUGAGACGAUCUGCCUGCACCGGGGUAGCGACACUCCUGGCGGCCGAACGCCCGGGAAGGGCGUGUUUGGGCUGAAGGUCGUGUCCUGCGCCAGCGUCGAAGACAUUGGCGAUAGCCGGAUAAGAGUUUACCCUGCGGGCGACAUUGGACUGGGCUGGGCCCUGCUGCGUUCCUUUGUGAAGAACUUCACGAUGGCGUUCCUGUUCCCAGCCUGCCUUACAAUAUUCUGCUUCCAGCAUGGCAGGGCGGCCUACGACAUCCUCUGCAACUGCAUUGUCGUGGAGGAGCUGCCACAGAGGAAUGAGUAGCCAGCACACCACGCUGCACUCCACUACGCCUCGUCUUAAACCCAUCGUAAUAUUGCAACCUCAUACAUUCUCGAGUUGCGAGACGGUGUUGAAUCAUGAGAAGAUUGCAUUCCGUGCAGCAUUGCAUACAACCCAAGGGACGAACGGCUGUCUUGGAGAGGAGAUAGUCCGUUACUAGAUCGCAAAAAAGCUGGAAAGCUUGUUGUGCCGUUGUUUUUGAGAAGUCUAUAUGCCUGUAGCAUUUCAUGUCGACACGGUCAAACAUUUGGUUGUGCUGUUGCGAGUGCAACAGGCCUACGAAAAAAGCUACCCUGUCGACUUCUGUGAGAGCAUCCAUACCAAGUGUUGUGAUGGUUGUAUACUUCUUUGAAGAUCACCAACGUUCUCCGCUUUGUGCGUCCCUAAAGUGCCAUGCUUUUUUUAUUUUUCCGUCGUUGCUAAGUAUCUAGUUUCAACUGGAAGCGAGUGAACCACCAACAGAUACUAUUUUGCUUUUGCAACCUGCACCCGCCACUAUGGCAAGCCUUGAAAGAAGAUGACCGAGCCCCACAUAAUAAUUAAAGAAAGCCCACUCCAUUCCCAGUGGAUUUGUUCCUUCCAAUCCUUGUUUUGCUGGUGCCAUACCUGGCAUGGCCGCCGGGACACCGACUACUUCGCGAACAUAUAUUUUCAUUGCUAUUUGUUCGUUGUUAUCGUAGUUUAGUAAAUCAUGAAAGACAAGUGGAUUGAGGCACUUCCCGAAACAAUUUAUGAAUGUGCUAAAACUAGACCAACGUGGUUGAUUCUGGGUGUGUGUAGUGUGAAGGCCUGUCCAAACAGGAUAGGUAGUUCAAAAAUCGUGAGGCGAUACGACGACAUGAAUCGUGUGGCGCUCUGCUUCCGUCAGUUUUUUUUUUUUGGGUGGGGGGGGGGGAGGGGGAGGGGGAGGGGAGUUUCCUCAUCAAAGGUUGCCCGUGCCUUUCACGGGGGCCUUGAACUCGCUCGUCAUGUAGUCUGGACAGCCACUAACAAACUCUGUUGGCUGUCGGUCAAUUGCUCAAGGCCUCCGCUGCUCUUCGGGUCCGGAAAACGGGAAAGGGAAAGGCUAAGUUUAAAAUCUUACCGAAAUAGAUCUGAGCUACUCUGGUGGGUUGCGACGCUGAUUACAGAGAUAGAGUGGUGCUGAACGCAGGUAGAUUUUUGAAUGCAAAGGUACAAAACCCUUAUUCUGGAGUAAGAUUGAGUAAAUUUUGGAACACAGCCAAGGAUACGAGGACCUGGCAGAACAGAUGGACAGCAUUGGCAGGUGGCAUGCGACGUCUAGUCUGACGAGCGCCGAGGUAACUCGAAAAGCGGAGGAAACGCGGAGGAAAAUCGUGAUGUUUGCUUGGCCGGUGUCCAAACAGACAUCGGACUGCCGGAGUGCUGGGCACUUCAACUUCCACGAUUUUUGAUGGUCAUGUCACCUCACGAUUUUUUAAAUGCCCUGUUUGGGCAGGCCUCGAGACUGCUAGUGCGAACAAGCAAAUCACUUUUCUUAUUUUUCACUUAGACUCGAAAGGCUGUCACCAUACCUCUACUAUUGUGGUGGGAAGUGCUGACUUGGGGCACAAACCUAAGUUGUAAAAUUUCACCUCCACCAAUGCACGUUUGCAAGUCCAGUCUCAGGGCGCCGCCAUCUUGCUCAGUGGCGUACGCUUGGGUGCGGCCAUAAUCCGAUUACGAUGCCUUAGCAAGGCUUUGUAAUUGGAUUAUGAUGCAUCCAAGCUCCCCCCAGCUGAUCAAGAUGGCAGUGCCCUGAAGCCGGACUUGCAAACACGUGUGCUGUCUUGAUGUAAAAUGCAAAAAAAGUGCCGAGGUCGUGUUUCCGCUAGGAGUGUUGCACAGUGUGCAUCUUUAAUAUAGUCAGUACUGGUCUGUGGUGUGGUUUGGAAUAGAGUGCUCAGGAAAAAGGGAGGGGUGGGGGGCUGGCAGGCAUGAUCGCUUUCUAAGUAUUUCAUACAUUCCUAGUAAAUAAUUCAGGAAAUGGGGAAGGAAAUCUCUCCACCCGUCAUCCCCCCUCUUCCGAACACUUUUGAUGCCACUGACUCUGAGGUUUUGAAUUGCUUAAGACAUCAAAUUAGAGAAGGGAGUACAAACUUUGUUUGCUGCGCCACGGAAAUAGUCAAUGCAUUGCCAAAGGCUCAGACAUUGCCAGGAUGUAGUGCUAGGAGUUGGGAUUAAGAUGCCAUAUUUUCAAAAUGUAUGGUUUUGGAAGUAAUACAUUAAAAGCGAAAAAUUAUUCUGCUGACGAGGGCCACUGGGCAGCAGAAGCAGGCGGUAUGCUCCCGUUUUUCACUGCAGCUGGUGCCACUAUCGAUGACAAGCUGUAGGAAGCAGACUGAAACACAGAACUAGAAAAAACAAAUGCACUCUUUCUAUCAGUAUUCAAGGGAUUCCUAUUCCAAAUUAAAUCAGCUUUAUACUUCCAAUGUUUUUCUUUGGUAGCUAGGUUUAAAAAUAUUAGCAUCUUAUCCCAACCACUAUACAGGCUGUUCCAUAUAACUUGAGCCAAUGUUUAAACAUUUUUUGGUUAACUUUAGGAAGAUGAAACCAAAGAGUUAAGUUUGUUAAUUGUUUGGAGCAAGUCUGGCUCUUCUUGUGUUUUUGCCCAAUGAAAUAAUUAGGAUUAAUGAAUCAACUUUUGAAAUAUAAGUCUCAAAUGAUAAAGUUGUACAGCAUCCACAGAAACAUCUAAUUCAAUGUACAUCUUAUCAAGAAACCUCAAACACUGUUCGUUUUUCCGGGCCUUUAAGAAAAACCUGUGAAGAAAAAAGAAACUUGUGACUGCGUUUGUGCACCUUAUAUUGUAGCGCACUCAAGCGUGACUUGAAUGAACUAAUCCUGCCCACUGGGCAGGCGCGCUGCCUCUGCAAGAACAAAUACAGUAACAAGGCACUGAUAAUGACUCUGGCCGCGAGACAUGUGGCGGGGAGUUAUUUCGCGAGCUCGACCGAUAUUACGUGUCGAAGAGCCAAUCAGACGGCAAAAAAGGCACGUCAUAGCGUGCUCGGUCUGCAGUUGAUAGGACCAGCCAGUUUUCGGUGUUUCUGUGUGUGCUCUUCCAGCAGCUUGUCAUAUCAACUGCAGAGAGCACACCACGACAUGGCACUUUUUACGCAGUUCGAUUAUCCCUUUGGCUCAUGACGUUGGCCUUGUUGGGACCCAAGAUGAAACGAAGUAUAGUGCGAAUCUGUCGCUGGAGCCCCGUCAACAGUGCCCCGUCCCGCACCCUGACCAGCAUAUGGGCCUACACUCUAAGAAAUGCCUGAGCAUCUACUUUUCUGCCAAACACUCGAAGAGCCAAUCUCUGCGAUCUACGAAAUCAGCUCAGUGAAUUAUGAGGCAGAACAUCAGUUUAGAUCUCAAAAUCAAGUCUGCGCUGUGGCAUUACGCAAUGCAAGCACAACGCUUUGCAUUGCGUAAUGCCACAGCGCAGACUUCAUGUUUAGCUCUAAACGAAUGUUCUGCCUCACCAUUCUCUGAGCUGAUUUCAUAGAUUGCAGAGAUUGGCUCUUUGAGUGUUUUGCGGGUAAGUAGACGCGCAGGCAUUUCUUAGAGUGUGGUUAGUUCAAGCCACGGUUGAGAGCGAUAGAAUACAAGGCGUGCGAGCAUAAAGUCACACAUCUUUUCAUUAAUUUCCGGGCUUUAUUUGAAGCUUGGAAAUACAAACUGUGUCGGAGGUUUCUUGACAAAAAUCACCGAGCUGGAUGUGUCCAAGGACGCCGUACAAAUUCCAUCGUUGCAACUUUUGCUCUAAAUAGAAUAUUUGGAAAGUUCAUUUCUAAACUGAUUAUUUCAUUGGGCGAAAUAAAAAAAAAAAAAUAGCUCGGCUUGCUCCCAACAGUGAACAAACUUGUAUUCCUCUGAUUUUGUCUCCCUACAAUGCACCAAAAUGUUUUUAAGCCUUGGCUUAAGUUACGUGGAACACCCUGUAUAUACGAGCAUGAUCAUCGAGAAUGGCAGGGAGGUCUUUCAGUUGUGCCACAUGCAGAGUGACUUUCCUACCUUUGAUAUCUCUUCAACGUCUUGCGAGCAUAGAGCAUGCACGUGCAGCCGUUCCUAUCCUGUCGGCAACCAGAGCGCUGCAUUCCAGCACAGUCCGUGCUUUCGGCUCGGCAAAGCAUUUCGGCGGAACACGGUUUGUUUUGUAAAUGCGCGGUAAAGCAGUCACACUUUAUUGCACGUUGGUUUCAGCAGAAUACUAAAUGUACCAUGACAAAUGUUGUCCGUUUAUUCACUGCAACCCCAUGUUGCGUCAUAUUGUCUGCCUCGUUCUUGUCAUCGGGCAUUGCGUGCUGUUUUGUGGUACGUUUGGCUUUAUCACUAUCACCAGGCAUUGCAUGCCUGCCAAAGACUACCACAGGAAACCGCUCCCUCCAUUGCGAGAGUUCUUUUUCCACUUCGCGUUGCUAGAGUCGAUGAAAGACACGGGUGUUAGGUGCUGUCGUAUCAAUUUUUAUUUCACUGCACACUCACAAGCACCAUUUAUGAGGUUACUUAUUGCUCAGGAGCAAAACAGAAUGUCACUCGACUGCACGUACAGUUACAUAUGAUAUGAGAAACACUAUUUUCGCUCCUUGCAUCCUCUCUAAAAUGGAAAACACAAUGAAGUAAGUCCUUGUUAUCUUUCCCAUUAGGAACUCGAUGUGCUUCGCCUUAGCAGUUGUGUCGUAAAGUAUUUUCUUACAGAACAGAAACAAGUUAUAUUAGAAUGUGACAUUAAUUGAGGUUGUGAAUUGCAACUCCUGGCCAUUAGCUCUUUUGAGCAGAUUUGCUAUCUACAGAAGACACACUAAAAAUGAUAUGCAGAUGGAGCUCUACUGUAUCCUGCCUGGAGCAUCCCUGAACCCACUUCAUGUUGUACUCCUCGAAAAGUAUGCCGGUGGUGUGUCGACACGCAAUUAUUGCUUGCAGCUUCCUUUAGCAGGCCUUGUUUCAACUCGUAGCUUUCACUUCAAUUCUCCUCGGGUAGAAACUGAAGGUGUCAUUAUUAGUGACAAGAUAUUGGAUUUUAGAGACAAGUCAAACUUUAUACACAUUCUACCGUUAUCCACGCCCAGCUGUUACUUUUCUUUUUUUUUUAAUUUCCUUCAAGUGCAAUAUCAUACAUGGAGAAGACCAAAACAGUACAGAUCAUUCUUAGGCACAGAAUGGUGUAGUGCACAUCUUUUAAUUUGGUUGGUUCUUUGUGUUGCAUUUUUAGUUAUGUGAUCGCAUAAGCUUAAUUGCUUCAUGCGUUUGUCUAGAAAAACAGGAAUGCAACACAUGCAAAUAGUCCUUCAGAACAAUCAUUACUGCCUGCUGCUGCCUAACAUAGAAUGCCUUUUUGGAAAAUGGGCACCAAGUUUCUACUGCCGGCUGUGAUCGAAGUGAAAACAAAAGUCUCAAUAUUUAGAUGCACCAAACCUGAUUUCUGGUUUUGAGGUCUGCUCUGGGUACUGUUCUCCAAUCCAGCAAGACUGUUUGGUUAAAACCCAGUUUCGCUGCCUUUUCCGUCACUGUCUUUGAACUUCUAACAACUUGUAUGAUCUGUGUAAUUGCUACUACUGAAAUCCAGAAACCAUGGAGGUAGCAAGCUUCUAGAGGCAUUAUGAUGCGUGAAGCCAGAAGUGUGUUGGGGACAUGUCUUCGAGGAUGACCAAAACAGCUGUGGUUUUGGUCAUCAUUGGGGGCAUGACAGAGGUGGCGUCAUGUCACCUCCAGAAGCUUCCUACCUCCAUGCCAAACACAUUGCACUAAAGAUGACAAAUUGGCAUUCAAUAAUGCACCCUGAGCCUUGCGAAAAUGAUAAAGGGCCAUUUAUCGAGCCAUUGCACAGUGAUUGGCCACAGAGAUCUAGUCUGACAGUACCAUCUGUCACGAAAUUAAACCUGAAAGGAAACGCAGUCAUUUGCACCCAGUGUAAGGUUAAUCAGAAUGUGUAACCAUGUUUUGAGGUAUAUGUUUAAAACCUAAUGAAUUCUGUUUUUGUAUGUGCAUAAAAAUGGGAUAAAGCACGCUAGUUUUUCCUAAUCAGAAAGGAUAACAUGCAAAACCAUGGAGACAGUUCAAGCUGGUUCGGUUUUUACUACACCUGACAGUGUUGAGGACCGUUCAGCAUCCUCGGAUGGGAAUCUCAACGUUUCCUCGUGCCUCCCAAUGAUUGUCGGAUAAAAAGCCCCAAUUCAAGUCCCGAAUCCUGGAAAAAAGCACACCGGAGAAAAGCUCACCGGAGAUAAGCUCACCGGAGAAUAGCUCACCGCAAAACCGGCGGAUGCGGAGAAAAGCUCACCGACCAUUGAGCGUAUGCGGAGAAAAGCUCACCGUUUUUUUUUUUUCUUUUUUUUUUUAUAUGGAGGUUGUUGGAUCAUGCCUCCAAUUUAUUUCCAUUAAAAUUCGUCAGCUUUGUAAAAAAGAAAUUUAAUUUUUUUUUUAUUAUUUAUAAGCUUAUUGGGUACAUUGCUCCCAAAUUAAUAAUUGCAGGCGAGUGUUUUCUGUGGCCUACUCUCUAGGCAACGAAAGCCUAACUGAAAACUUUAUGAACUUGACGAAGAGGAUAAAGUUCGAAAACUUAAUAAUGUCUACCUAAAACCUAGAAAUCAAAACUGUAAAUGCCGAAAGUGCAUGCGCAACAGCGCGGUGCCUGAAAUUCUCUUUGAAGCUUUUGUUAACCUUUUGAAAACAGGAUAAAACAGUCAGUAGGAUAUCAAGGCCUUUUUCUUCCACGGACAUGCACGUUUUCUAGCCGUUCGUGCUGGUGUUUCGGCACGUUGCCUUUGUGUGAUAGUGACCUUUUACGGUGAGCCAUUCAUGAUCUUCCGAGUUGCACACUGGCACCGUAGUUACUCGUGACCUAUUUAAGGAGUAGUCUUCUGUAAGGUAGCGAAUAGGGCGAGUUGGUAAACGUUAUACAUGAUGAAAACCGCUCAAACGACGACGACGGAGUGAAGACAACAGACACGACAGGAGGAAGCUGUUCUCGUAACUUAAGUUUUGUUAGUUAAAUUAACAGAAAGAAAACAGUGUAGCUGACAUUGAUUACAUCAACUAACACCUACUUAUCUAUUGGGCACUACACAAUAUUUGGAGCCGAAACGGUUCACCACACCGCUAUUCAUAUUAUCUCGCAAAAUACAAACCUCUUAAUUUGACAGAGAUACCGACGGCGCACUGGCAUUUGUCAAUAAAUUGUCUUUUUUACCGGUGUACGUAAUUCUGAUUUUAUACUUGCCGCUUUAUUAAUAUACAAAAUGGGUGAUUACUAAUUUCUGAGGAAUUAGUAAAUAUGCCCAAUGAACUAAGAAUGUUAUAAAAAAGAGGACAUAUUUUUAAUGAAGUGACGAAUGCGAAUUGUGUUAAAUUGCCACGUUUGACGCAAAAUCCGCUAAGUUAAAAAAAAAAAAAAAUCUGAGCUUUUCUCCGCAUCCGUUCAAAGGCCGGUGAGCUUUUCUCCGCAUCUGCCGGUUUUGCGGUGAGCUUUUCUCCCGUGAGCUUAUCUCCGGUGAGCUUUUCUUCGCCGCCCGAAAGCCCGAUCUGAUGCACAAAAUUUGCUUUGGGCAUCUACUUUAAGUGCUUUUCUGCCCAAGUUUAAUAAUCUGUUCCUAUUCCCACAUCGCAUUGCAAACUUUAAUCAACACUCUUGAAUGAACGAAGUUACUAAACCCAUAAAGGAAGCAGAAUUUUCUACUAGUUACUCAAGUGGUGCAACGUUUUUUAAGACAAAUGAAGAUUGCCUAGUGUCGUUAAUCUGACAGCUAAGCAGCUCAUGUGCAACUGUACCUCGUUACGAUAGCAGAUGAUUGUAUCUGUUUUAAAGGACUCUUUUGAAAGGAGCGAGUUCUUGAAAUAUUCUGGAUUAAAUGGCAGAGUGCAAAAACCAAGAAAAUUAAUCAGGGUUACGCUGCGUGCAAAUAAUAACAGGUGCCUUCUGAAAAUAGGCUAUUUUUCACUUUCUUUGCUCAUGCAGGAUUUUGUUUAUUCUAAUAUUUUCAUGGGAGAGAUGUACCUAUCAUACUGACUGCACAUCUGUGGCGAAUUUCGGUGCAAUGACUCGGGCAUUGGGGGCUCGUAGGUCCAACCCCGCUUGGCUGUAGGUUUUCUUGGCAGAAGUCUGUCUCCCUUUCUUUGGUUAAUGUACAGAAACCGAAACCCAAAAGAAGGGAACCAAGAUCCUGUUUCAAAACAAAAGAAAGCUGCUCACACACUUCAAAUGUACAACUUAGAAUUUUGUAGAUCCAGGUCCUUGUCCGUACUCCAGGCGCGCCGGAAGUGUCCGGAGGGCAUUUCCAAAUCUGUGUGGGGGAAAGGAAAAAGAACAAAAUUCCAGCAUGUUUUUAUCAUACCCGACAAGCUCGGAGACAUACAGAAUGUGUUGUGAACGGGCUGGCCAGAUGCUGUGUGUGUGCGACGUCAUGAUGUCAUGUGAAAUCAUGGUGUCCUGUGACUUGUGUGACUGAUGUCCCAGAGUCGCGCUACCUCUUGAUAUGGCGUGUCUCUGUGUAAUGCUGGGACGUAAUGCUGCAUCAUGACAGUGUUCUCGUGGACCUCGACUGAUAGAACACGUUUUGUGUUAAAAGGAGUCGUAAGCAUUGGCACAUCACCAUAUCGUCUAUAGCGGAGCUCUUGGCCCUCCCCUUUGCUCACCAACCAUGUCUGUCUUGUCGUGGCUGUACUCCCGCGACAGACCGGUAAUAAACGCUUGCUGAUGAAGCAGUGCUUCUCUGA